AUGUCUGAAAAUCAAGAAUCAGAAAAAUCGAAAGUGAGCAAUGGAUCGAGUAGUGGAGGUGAUGAGUUGGAAGGAGCCACUGGCACCGCCGUUCGAAUCAAGCAGAAGAGAUCCAAGAAAAGAAAUCGAAAGUCCUCAAAAUCCGGCUCAAAAUCUCGAAAAGACGACGUUCCAAAGUGCGAAACCGUGGAAAAAGGGUCAACGAAAUCGGCCAACAAUGAAACGGCUCAAUCCGAAUGGCUCGAUGAAAUUGUUCCAGAAGCUUCUGGAAAUAAAUCGAAAAAAUCCAAUUUUUUCGAAUUUUUCGAUUCUUAUAAAUUUCCGAUUCUCUUCACGUCUUCAGCGAUUCUGGCCGCUGGAAUUCUCGUGUAUUUCGCUGUGAAGAAGACGUCGCCAAAAGUGGGCGGAGCCAAGUGUCCGAUGAAAAUUUAA